AUGAAUAGUAUUUAUAAUAACAAUAAUAACAGGAAAAUGCCAGAAAUUAUUCGAAGUUCCUCGACACAAGCAGACUGGGCCAGCAGGGUACAGAUUCGAGGGAUUUUGUCAAAGAAACCAUUUGGUCAUCAGUCCAGUAGGUGGUCAAAGCGGUUCUUCUUAGUCAAAGAUGGAUUUCUUAUGUAUUAUGAUGCAAAUGAAAGAAAAGACAUCGAAAGACGAGAGUUUUUCAAUGUCCAUCCUAAGGGUGUCAUACCAUUAGGAGAGUGCCACUUUAAAUCAUGUAAAGAAACUCAACAGCCGUUUUGUAUUUUGCUUGAAAGUCCAGAGAUUGGUGUGAGUACAUGUUGUUAA